UUACAUGUAUGUAUUAAAAACUUAUUUUCCACAGCUUAAAUCUACCUAACAUUCAUGACCCACCCACCCACCAUCUCCCUUCCUUCAUUCCUCCUCUCUUCUUCUCUCUCUUUAGGGGUCAGACAUGAGGGCUUUCUGAAGGCCGUUUUGAAGCCUAACUUAGAUCGAACCGUGUCCAACCGGGGGUCCGAUAGGGGUUUGACAACCUUACUUCUUGAAGACCCCAACUUCUUCUCUCUCUUUCCCCACUGGCCACCUUAUCAAUUACUCCAUUAGUCCAUUUAGAUCAAGGCCGAAACUUCUAGAAACAACAAAAACAGACCUGCCCCGCUCUCUUUCCUUUCCUUCUCUCUGUGUUUGAAAUUUGGCAAGAGAUUCAUCACCUUGUCUAUCCUUUUGCCCAACUGUUGCUUCUCCUUCUGGAUUCAAUAUCUCCUCCCUGUUUGGUCGCUAAGAAAAUUCCAUGGUAAAGUCGUUGGUCUCGCACUAGCAAGCCUCCUCUUUCUGCUUAUUAAUCGCUGCUGCUAUCCAAAGCUCUGAAGGAUUAGGAAACCGACCUCCCGUGCCGAGUUGAAUCUCCUCUGUUCUUAUUUGGUACAAUUUUUUUUAACUUUGAUUCUCUUUACGCGGUACCUUUUUUAAAUUACUGAACGUUUCCUUGAUCUUUCUAGGGAUCCAGACGUUAACUUGUUGUUCCUAUUCAAAUUAGAACGUCUUGUUCCCGGCGCUGCCGCAAGUGGCAGUGGCAGCAACGGUGGAGGCGCCGGUGGAGAAACAUGAGAGACUGCAAAUUCGCAGAGAUCUAUCCCCACUCCUUUUCUCAUCAAAACCUACUAGCUUGUCGACGAUCUGGCCGUCGAUGAUAUGAUUUUGUGGAACGAAGAUGGAUCCGCGUUCAUCGUCUGGCGUCCCGCCGAGUUCGCGAGAGACCUGCUACCUAACUACUUCAAACACAACAAUUUCUCCAGCUUCGUUCGCUAGCUGAAUACAUAAGUAAGCUCACUCUCCCCUUUGAGCAAUUUUUCUCCCUAUGAGAAGAGCGAAUUCUGAAUUGGCAUUUAGAUUUGUAGGGAUUCAGGAAAGUGGUGCCAGAUGGGAAUUCGCCAACGAUCGCUUCAAGAGAGGAGAGAAAGCUUUGCUCUGGGACAUCCAAUGCCGUAAAAUUGCUGUCGCUGCUGCUGCCUCCUCUCCGAUAGCGGCAGCGAAGGUGGCCGCGAUUCUGACGGUUGUGAGCACCAUCUCCCCUUCCAAUUCCGGAGAGGAGCAGGUGAUUUCAUCCACGUCCUCGCCUGCGGCGAAUGCAAUCCCGCGGACGACGAGCUGCACGACGACGCCAAAGCUUUUGGAGGAGAUUGAGAGGCUGAGGAAGGAGAACACGCAGCUGAACCACGAGAUGACUCAAUUGAAAGGCUUCUGCAACAAUGUCGUCUCGCUGAUGACGAACUACGCGUCCUCCGGCCAGGCCAACGACAGCGUGAGCGAGGACAACCCCUCCCCAUCUGAAGGUAAGCCUCUGGACUUGAUGCCCGCAACGACGGUGGCACCUGAGCUGGCAGAUCUGAGCCCGAGGCUGUUUGUAGUAUCGAUCGGCGUGAAGCGUAUCAGGAGAGAUGUGGAAGAGGCUGCGACAGCGGAGGAGGAAGAGGCGGAGGUGGAGGGAGGAGAAAAGGAGGAUCGACGGGGGAGGAAUCCUAUACGACGUCAGGAUAAGGAGGGAGGAUCAGACUUGAAAGUAGAUCUGUUGGAUGGGAAUACCACAGGGAGCUCCGAUGAUGAUUAUCAUAAGGAUUCAACAUGGUUGGAGCUGGGGAAACGGAAUGAAAAGUGAUAAAUCAUGGGUUAAGUUUGAAUUUGACCACUAUUUGGUUUUCUCCCGGCCGGAUGGCGCCGUUUGGGGAGAACGAAGGAGGGGUUCAAGCUGGACGGGAUUGGAUGAGGAAAGGCACGUGUCACAUCGCGGGAAGUAAGAUGACGAAAGGCCCCACUCAGUUGUGGGAUUCACUUCGAGACGCAGCUGUAGUUUGUCCGUUUUGGGGAAAGUGGGAAAGGAAAGUCGACAUCUGUGACUUUGAAAGUGGAGAAUCAAAGCUUAGUGAAAUGUGAACAAGAUCGAGAUUGGAAGACGAAAGAAUCUUCGUGGAGCCGAGAGAACAUAAGUGAGAAGAAACGGCGGCGUUGCACGAUUGAAUUUUUCCCGAAUGUGAAUUGUCUGCGGUUUGCAAUGGCCGGUGGGCGUAAUUUUUUUUUUGUCUUGGCCGUAGGGCGGAAUUAGGCGGUUAGGCCAAUUGCGUGCCUGAAAGGAGGCGGUUAGGUUUUCUCCUUUUUAUGCAACUUACAAAGUGGAAAGAGUAGGCUAGGUCCCUAGGAGUAUACCUAGGAGGGCUCUGAGUGGGUUGCCAUGAAGUUUAUUAUUGGUCAAGACUGCCUAAUACAAAGGCUGUGAUUUA